CGUUCACGCGUCGACUUCAUCCACUCACCACCAUGCCAGCACUCACACCGAUCUCGCAGCCACCCCACUCGAUCAGCGCUGAGGAGCACGACCAGCUGACGUCGUCCACGCCCGCGAGCUUUGACGACAUCCCCCCCGUUCUGCGCUGGGAGGGCGAUGCCGAGGUCAGCCUUGCCGUGCCGAGCUGGACCGCAUGGUCCAAGACGGGAGACGAAGCGAACGGGGACGCGAACGGCGAUAACAAUGACAGCGGACACGGCGUGAGCCACCGCGUGCCGGGGCGGCUGUAUGUGACUGAGCAGGCGGUCGCGUUCGUUCCGCGCGAGCAGCAGGGCUUCGCGCUCUCAUACCCCAGCUUGACGCUGCACGCACUCACGCCCGCCGGCCUCCUCCCGGCGCACAUCUACUGCCAAAUCGACGAGGGCGAGACCACCGACGAGGACGAGUACAGCUCGCUUGCCGAGAUGAGAGUAUUCGUCACGCCCGAGCAAUUGACACCGCUGUUUGACGCCCUCUCGGCUUGUUCCGCCCUGCACGCCAGCCUGCUGCCCUCGGGCGAACCCAGCAACUUCUUCGGGUUCGCGGACGAGGAGGACGAUGAUGAGUGGGAGGACGACCAGUUUGACGACGCCGACGAGCCGGCCGGCGGAAGGGUGAGGAGCGACUUCCAAUCGGGGGGCGGGCCCGGCGCGCGCUUCCAACCGUACUAGUCUGCGCAUGCGCCGGCGUGGUGCCAGCGCGCCUUAUCACGGACAAGAACGGGGCGUCGAGGGGGAGGAAGGCUGCGGUGGAGGACAAAAGUGCAGAUGAGGAU